AUGUCUUUCGCACACGCUGCUCCCCCCUCUCCGACAUCAUCUGCUUCGUCUGCGUCCUCCGGUCCUCGCACCCCGGACUCUUCUCCAUCUGUAGCUUACCCGCCUCGCCUUGCUUUGCCUGUCCUUCCGGACUUUGAAGCGCGUGCCAAUCCGGACUUGUCUGACGAUGGCAAUGCUGGCGGCGUAAAGCGUACUUUGAAGAUGAAACAACGGAUUAGCACAGCCGAGCGUCGCGCCUCCCACAACGCAGUCGAAAGACAGCGACGGGAGGCUCUCAACUCGCGAUUCCUCGAUCUUGCAGGUGUUCUCCCCAACUUAGCCACCGUUCGACGCCCAUCAAAGUCGAGUAUCGUCAAUUCCUCCAUUGCUUAUAUCCAUGCCUCUCGCCGGCACCGUAUCACUGCUGCGCAACAGCUCCGUCAGAUUGCCUCAGAAUGCGAGGCUCUCCGUCGGGAGGCCAAUGAGUGGCGCGCACGUGCUGGGGUCAUGAGACUGGAUACGCCAUCUCGUGGGGAAUCGUUUUCCAUGGUUUUGGGCGAGGAGUUGCAUUAUGAGGUUGGGGACCUUCAAGGAGUCUAUGAGGACGAGGAAGCUGAAGAAUAUGCGAUGGCGGGGUAUCAAGACGAAAUGAUGCGGUUGCAAAUGCUCCAACAGCAAUCGACUUCACCGUUCGCUCAUAACGUUCCAACACCACCCCAUUCUGCCCCUCUUCCCCCCCAAGGCUACGUUUACACGAUGCCCAGAAGGGCAGCCUCGCACUCGCCAGUGAUCGCGUCACCCACUUCCUACGACAAUUACGACCACCAGUUGCAAAUGCAGCAGCUCAUGAUCCAACAGCAACAACAACAAGAGGCCGACGAGAAGUGGGUUUAUACGCAGCAGAUGAUGCACGCUCAGGAAGCUCUCGACACCCAGCAGCAGCAGAGCUCUGCUGGUGUGUGGUGA